GUUUUCUGGUAUUUCUGUAGGCCGUCGAGGGUGUACAAAGAAGGAGGUUCUCAAAUCUCACUAUUAAACACGACAGCAGAAUAGAACCAAUUGAACUGAACUCAAUUUGUACCAACAAUAGCGCGUAUUAAAUAGAAAUGCCAAAAGUAACAUAUACAAUUUGAAUAUUUUUUUUGUCAACAAACCGGUUAAGCCAUUGCAGUAGGUAUGUUAUUAUAACAUAGCCGGCCGAGGGGGGAAAUCGCGUGAGUGCACAUUCAUUCGACAGUUGGUAAGUGGCGCGGGCGACGAAAGACUUGCCGUCCAGUGUUUGUGAAAUAAUCGUAAAUAAAUUGUGUGUAACAAUGAAUGAAGACAAUACGGUGACAGAUGAUAUGAAACGACAGGCGGCUAUGUUUUACAAUUCAACGGAAAGAGAAAUACUACGAGAGUACAGCAAUGAGACAUCAUGGCGAUUUUGGAGGAAGCGACGGCUUGUGGUGGCGCUGCUUGCGUUCUUUGGUUUCUUCAACGUGUACGCCUUGAGGGUCAACCUUUCUGUUGCGGUGGUAGCCAUGACGGAGCCUAUAGAGCACGUUCUGGAUAAUGGAACUAUUGUUUAUGCUCCAGAAUUCGACUGGAGCUCUCAAACCAAGGGUCUAGUACUGAGUUCCUUCUUCUAUGGAUACAUCGUCACGCAGCUGCCUGGUGGAUGGCUCGCGGCUAAAAUAGGAGGUAACAGAAUGUUUGCGAUCGGCGUAGGCGCAACAUCUUUGCUGACUUUGUUCACUCCGCCGCUCGCGCAUACGAGUACAGCUCUGCUCAUCGCUGUUAGAGUCGUUGAAGGGUUGUUUGAGGGUGUGACAUACCCAUGUAUCCACGCGAUAUGGUCCCGUUGGGCGCCGAGUGACGAGCGCGCUCGUCUCGCGACGUUCGCGUUCAGCGGCAGUUAUGUCGGCACGGUCGUGUCUAUGCCCAUUUGUUCUCUACUAGCGCACUAUACAGGAUGGCCUGGAAUAUUCUAUGUGUUUGGAAUAAUCGGCCUGGUGUACACCACCAUUUGGUGGCUUGUUGUCAAGGAAUCACCGGAAAAGGAUUCUCACAUCACAGCCGCUGAACUCAAAUAUAUUCAAGACUCACGCGGCACUCAAGCGGUGGAGGGGUCUAAGAUUCGACACCCGUGGCGUGCAAUGUUGACCUCUGGCCCCGUAUGGGCGAUUGUUAUGGCCCAUUUCAGUGAGAAUUGGGGAUUUUAUACGUUAUUGACGUUUUUGCCGACAUUUAUGCAAGACGUUUUCAAGUUCGAGACGUCCCAAACGGGGUGGCUGUCCGCGGUGCCUUACCUGGCAAUGGCUAUCGUUUUACAAGUAGCCGGGCACAUGGCGGACUGGCUGCUGCGCAUGCGCAUCAUGACGAGGAGCAAUAUACGGAAACUUUUCAAUUGCGGGGCUUUUCUAGCUCAGACAAUAUUCAUGGUGGCAGCUGCAUAUGCGACGAGUAUUCUCGGAUGUAUCGUGUGCCUCACCAUAGCUGUGGGCCUUGGAGGCUUCGCCUGGUCCGGGUUUAGCGUAAAUCACUUGGACAUAGCGCCACCUCACGCGAGUGUGUUGAUGGGGCUUUCGAACACAAUCGCCACUUUGCCCGGCAUUGUCAGUCCACCGUUAGCCGGAUCUAUCGUUACUGAUAAGACUGCAGAGCAAUGGCGGAUAGUUUUCUUCAUAUCGAGCGCUAUCUAUCUAAUCGGUGCAAUAGUUUACUACAUUUUCUGCUCAGCGGAGAGACAACCGUGGGUCAUGGAGUUCGAUAAUGACGCAAGUUUUGAUACAGACGCAGCAUCCGUCACCACAGCAAGGGGCGUCGACAAUAAGGCUUUAGAUAGUUCGGAGAUUUAAGACUAAUUGUCCGUUUUAGGUAUUUGAGAAAUUAAUAAUUGUACUGUAUAAUUAGUGAUACAUACAAGAGCGGACUGUCAAAAUUGUCCGUUUCAAAUUAAGUACCGACGGUUUUAUUGAAAAAUCCAACAGAUCUUGGUGUAAAUAAGGGAGAUCCCUCAAAAGGACUAUUUUAAUUGUACGUCCGAUCUUCGUAUAAUAUUAAAAACAGACUAAGGCCCGUAUUAGAACGUCAAUCUUGAAUCUAGUUUCAAGAGCUGUCAAACCAUUUUUUUUUUUAUUAAAUUUGACACACUUGACAAUGCUCAAGAUUCUGACAUUAUAAUAUGGACUUUAAUGCAACUUAUAUAAAGAUCUAAAGGCCAACUUAUUAACAAUGUCAAGUCAAAGUGUUUGAAACGACACUUAAGUAUGACUCUCGGACGUCAAAAAUGUAUUGGAUUUUGACAGGUCUCGUUUCUGAAUCUCACCUUAAGCCCUCAAAUUUUAUAGUAAUAGUAAUGAGAUCUUACAGUUUUUUUUUUAAUUAUACAAUACACACUAUUUGAAUAGAUGUGUUUGGUUUUUUUUUAUACCUGGAUACAAGUCCAUUGGGCGAAAUCUUCUACAAAUUUGACAGCAGUGUUACCAACUAUAUCUUCGAUCUUUAAAUAAAUGUUGCUCUGCUAUGCGUAUGUUUAAUAGUUUUUCUCUACUGACAAAGUCUAUUUAAGGGUUUGAUUUCCCUAGAAAAUUUGGCACAAGUCUGACUUUGCAAUAUCAAAACAGACACACAAAAAUUUUACUAUUAAAUAGUUUUAUUUUGUUAAGUGUAAGUGUGUA